CCCAUGAGCACAGCUUUUUCUCACCCAGAAAACGAAAGCAUUUUGUGUAAUCUAAUCUUUGUUCUUUUCCACUCUUUCUUCUUCUUCUUCUUCUUCUUCUUCUUCUUCUUGGUUUGAGAUCUUCACAUGGAGAAUACUGCCCAUAAACUCUGGUUCUAUUGCUUCAAUCUUAUAGUAUUCAUUUCCAUUACAGCCUCUGCAACAGCUGUUUCAGCAGAUGAUCCUUACACGGAAGCUCUUCUCAGCUUGAAAUCGGAACUGACCGACGAUUCCGACAGUUUAAAGGACUGGUUCUUCUCUUCCGGAGAUCCGGGAAAGCUCGCUUGCUGUUCUUGGUCCGGUGUCAAGUGCAACCAGAACUCCACUUCCGUUGUCGCCCUUAACCUCUCCGGUAAGAAUCUCGGCGGAAUCUUGUGGGGAAAACAGUUCGCCGUCUUCACCGAGCUCAUCGAUCUCAACAUCAGCGACAACGCUUUUUCCGGCGAGUUUCCCGGUGAUAUCUUCAACCUCGGCAGCCUCAGAAGCUUAGACAUAAGCAGAAACAACUUUUCCGGGCAUUUUCCCGGCGGAGUCUCCGGUCUCGAGAAUCUGGUCGUCCUCGAUGCAUUUAGCAACAGUUUCUCGGGUCCUUUGCCGAUUGAGCUCUCUGAUAUGGAGAAUCUCAAAGUGCUGAAUCUUGCCGGGAGUUACUUCAGUGGGUCGAUUCCUCGAGCGUACGGUUCGUUCAAGAGCCUCGAGUUUCUUCACCUCGGAGGGAAUCUUCUCAGCGGGAACAUACCGGAGGAGCUUGGUCUGGUCAGAACUGUGACUCACAUGGAGAUUGGUUACAACUCAUAUGAAGGCGUGAUUCCAUGGAAACUGGGCAACAUGACUGAGCUGAAGUACCUCGACAUCGCAGGAGCAAAUCUCUCUGGUUCGAUUCCCAAGUUCUUCAGCAAUCUGACAAAGCUUGAAUCUUUGUUCCUGUUCAGGAACCAGCUUUCAGGGCCAGUUCCAUGGGAGCUCGGACACAUCACCUCUCUUGUGAAUCUUGACCUUUCCGACAAUCAACUCACUGGUCCGAUACCAGAGAGUUUUGCGGAGCUGAAGAAUCUUAAGCUCUUGAGCCUCAUGUACAAUGAAAUGACUGGUGCUGUCCCCGAAGGAAUUGCCCGCCUCCCAGAACUGGACACUCUCUUCAUAUGGAACAACUACUUUUCUGGGUCACUUCCAAGAAGCUUGGGACUGAACUCAAAGCUCAGAUGGGUUGAUGUCUCGACCAACGGCUUUGUCGGUAGCAUCCCAGAGGGUAUUUGCUCGAGAGGUGCUCUCUUCAAGCUGAUGCUCUUCUCCAACAAUUUCACCGGAAGUCUAUCACCAUCUCUCUCCAACUGUUCCACCCUUGUCCGCAUUCGUCUCGAAGACAAUUCCUUCUCAGGUCUGAUCCCUUUCCGCUUCCGCCAUUUCCAUGACCUCUCAUACAUAGACCUGUCCAGAAACAAUCUAACAGGUGGGAUUCCUCGAGACAUAUCAGAAGCCACAAAGCUAGAGUACUUCAAUAUCUCGAACAAUCCCGGGCUUGGAGGCGUGAUUCCACCUGAAAUAUGGUCCAUGCAGAAUCUGCGGAACUUCUCAGCAUCCUCGUGCAACAUCUCUGGCCAUUUGCCUGAGUUCAGAUCCUGCAAACCAGUUUCUGUCAUUGAACUGAGCAAGAACAGCAUCUCUGGGACUUUAUCAGGAUCUGUUUCCACUUGCCAAGCACUUCAGAAGAUAGAUUUAGCUGGAAAUACAAUGACCGGUCACAUUCCUAAGGAACUCGCCCGUCUUCCGCGUCUACGAGUCUUAGAUUUGUCACACAAUAACUUCAGCGGUUCCAUUCCGUCUUACAGGUUGUUUCAGACAAUGGGUGAAGGCGCUUAUGUCGGAAACGCAGAGUUGUGUGGAGCUCCUCUGAAACAGUGUCCUGCCUCUAUGACAAUGUUCAGAGGCAAGAACACAAAGAAGAUAAUGCCAGUUCUGGUUUCUUGCUUAGUCUCCAUCCUGGUUAUGGUAGUUGCACUUCUGGUUUUGCUCUAUGUUCGCCAUAGAAGCCGAGGCCAUUGGAAGAUGAUAUCUUUCGCUGGGCUGCCAUGUUUCACGGCCGAUGAUUUCUUGAGGAGCUCUAAUUCGCCGGAACAUUCAGAAACGGUGUCUGAACUAUCUCGGGCAUCGGUUUUCAAAGCAGUUUUACCCACGGGAAUAACGGUAACCGUGAAAAGAAUCGAGUGGAAAGCCAGAAACAUCGGUUUUCUGCUGAAAGUUAUAAAGCAGAUGGGAAAUGCAAGGCACAAGAAUCUGAUCAGAUUGCUCGGAGUAUGUUACAACAAUCAUGUUGCUUAUGUGUUGUAUGAUAACUUGCCUAACGGGAAUAUGGCUGAGAAGAUUAGGACGAGGAGAGACUGGGGAACUAAGUUCAAGAUCAUCAUUGGAAUUGCUAAAGGACUCUGCUUCCUUCACCACGAAUGCUACCCUGCAAUCCCGCACGGAGAUUUGAAGUCGAGCAAUGUGUUUUUCGACGAAAAUAUGGAACCCCGGCUCGGGGAAUUCGGUUUCAAAUACGUCGUGCAGUUGAGCAAAGUCUCGGCCUUUUCGAAACUUUCCACAAGGAACACAGACCAGAUGAACGAGACGACAAGAACAGAGCUGAAAGCGGACGUAUACAGCUUCGGAGAGCUCGUUUUCGAGAUCCUAACGAACGGUAGGCCGAUGAACGGCGGAGAAGUGACGCAUAGAAAGCCGAAAGACGAUCUUUUACGAGAAAUAUGCGAAGAAAACGGGGUCGGGCCGAGGGAUUCAACGCAGGGAGAAGCUAAAAGGGUGGUCGAGGUUGCGAUCCUCUGCACGAGAAGUAACCCAAGCGAUCGUCCCUCCAUGGAAGAUGCAGUCAAGCUGCUGUCAGGACCAGGAUCAAGAAGAAUAUGAUAAGGAAUCAGAAUCAAAGUAGAGAUGAGAUAGCAGCAUGAAUCAUUCCAUUAUAUAUAUAUAUAUAUAUAUAUAUACAGUUUUCUUGGUUACUGGCUUCUUUCUAUAUGGUUAUUAUACGUGAAAGUGUUUUUUUGGCUGUAAAAAUGGCUUCUUUAUAUGUUCUUUACAGAGGUUUUUUUGAUGGUGUGAAGUUUAUGAAGAGCAUGGUUUGAGUUCA